AUGCGGGGCCUGGCGGGCUGGGCCGUGCUGGUGGCCCUGGGCGAGUGGCUGUGGGCGGGCGGCGUGGUGCCGCUGGCGGACUUCUACCCCUUCGGGCCCACGCAGGGGGACGCCGCCACGCGGAAGCAGGACGACGGCGGCUCCGAGCUGCGGCCCCUCUCCGUCCCCUUCCCCUUCUUCGGCGCGGGGCACACCGGCCUCUACGUGAACAACAACGGGAUCAUCUCAUUCCUGAAAGAGGUCUCCCAGUUCACGCCGGUGGCCUUCCCUAUUUCCAAGGACCGGCGCGUGGUGGCCGCUUUCUGGGCGGAUGUGGAUAACCGGCGGGCCGGCGAUGUGUAUUACCGGGAGAGCACCGAGCAGCACAUCUUGGAGAGAGCGAGCAGGGACAUUGCGCAGUAUUUCCCCGAGUUCCCAGGGUUUUCCGCGCAGUGGGUCUUCAUCGCCACCUGGUACCGAGUGACCUUCUUUGGGGGCAGUUCGUUUUCACCGGUAAACACUUUCCAGAUUGUCCUUAUCACGGACGGCAAGCUCUCCUUCACCAUCUUCAACUAUGAGUCCAUAACCUGGACCACGGGUAUGCACGCCAGCAGUGGGGGGGACUUUGCCGGGCUCGGCGGCAUCGCAGCGCAGGCAGGUUUUAACGCCGGUGAUGGAAAGCGCUACUUCAACAUCCCUGGAUCCCGCACCGAUGACAUCGCUGACGUGGAGAUGACAACAAAUGUGGGUAUCCCCGGGCGCUGGGUGUUCAGAAUCGAUGAUGCCCAGGUGCAAGUGGGGGGCUGCAGCAAUACAACCUCUGUCUGCCUGACGUUGCGGCCCUGCCUGAAUGGGGGGAAGUGUAUCGAGGACUGCAUCACGGGGAACCCCUCCUACACCUGCUCCUGCCUGGCUGGCUUUACCGGGAAGAGGUGCCAUGUUGAUGUGGAUGAGUGUCUCUCCCACCCGUGUCAGAACGGAGCCACCUGCCUCAAUGGUGCCGGCAGCUUCAGCUGCAGGUGCCCGUCGGGUUUCAGAGGCGCCAACUGCGAGACAGAAGAGUCACCGUGUGAGAGCAGGGUGUGCCAGAAUGGCGGCAGUUGCCAGGCGGCAAACGGGACGGCAGUGUGCUUGUGCCAGCCGGGGUACACAGGGGCGGACUGCCAGACAGAGGUGAACGAGUGUGAGUCCAACCCGUGCCUGAACGGCGGGCACUGUGUCGACCUGGUCGAUAACUACACCUGUGUGUGCCUGGAGCCCUUCGUGGGACAGCGCUGCGAGACAGGUGGGCCCCGUGUGCCCGGCGCCUGCCUCUCCCACCCAUGCCAGAACGCGGGCAGCUGCCUGGAGACGGAGCAGGGCUAUGUCUGCGAAUGCCAGGAGGGUUACACUGGGCAGGACUGUCGAGAAAAGCUCUUGGAGGGCUGCGAGUGUCGCAACGGGGGCAGUUGUCUGGAGGGGAAUGUCACCAUCUGCCAGUGCCUGCCUGGGUUUUUUGGUCUCCUCUGUGAAUUUGAAGUCACCACCACGCCGUGCAACAUGAACACGCAGUGCCCGGAUGGCGGGUACUGCAUGGAAUAUGGCGGGAGCUACCUCUGUGUCUGCCACACUGACUACGGCACCAACCACACAAUGCCAUCCCCCUGUGACUCGGAGCCCUGCCUGAACGGGGGGUCCUGCGAGGUUCAUGAUGACUCGUACACCUGCGAGUGUCCUCGAGGCUUCCUUGGCAAGCACUGCGAGAAAGCUAAGCCCCGGCUCUGCAGCACGGGGCCCUGUCGCAACGGGGGCACCUGCAGGGAGGCGGAUGGAGAGUACCACUGUACCUGCCCCUACCGCUUCACCGGCAAGCACUGCGAGAUCGGUAAGCCGGACCCCUGCGCCUCGGGGCCCUGCCAGAACGGGGGCACCUGCUUCCACUACAUUGGCAAGUACAAGUGUGACUGUCCCCCGGGCUACGCCGGCCGGCACUGCGAGAUCGUGCCCUCCCCGUGCUUCCUUAGCCCCUGUGAAAACGGCGCUACCUGCGAGGACCUCGACGGGGGCUAUGCUUGCACGUGCCCCGUGGGCUAUGUAGGGAAGCACUGCGAGUCUGAGGUCAACUGUGGCAUCCCCAGCGAGGUGAAGCACGCCCAGGCCUCUUUCAACUCCACCACGGUGGGCUCGCUGGCUGAAUACCAGUGUGAGCUGGGCUACACCCUCAGUCAGCACAACCACCCCCGUGUCUGCCGCUUGCCGGGCGUCUGGAGCGACCCCCCCGAAUGCGAUGAGAUCGAUGAGUGCCGGUCCCAGCCCUGCCUGAACGGCGGCCAGUGCAAGGACCGUAUUGCCGAGUUCCUGUGCCUGUGUGAGCCGGGUUACACCGGCCACCACUGUGAGUCAGAUAUCGAUGAGUGCCAGUCAGAGCCCUGUAAGAACGGCGGGACCUGCCGGGACCUCCCUGGGUCCUUCACUUGCUACUGUCCCGAGGGCUUUGUGGGGACCCAGUGCGAGACAGAAGUGGACGCUUGUGAGUCGGGCCCUUGCCGAAAUGGAGGGGAGUGCGAGAGCUACGGGGGCUCCUACCUCUGUGUGUGCCCGGAGGGUUUCUUUGGCUACCACUGUGAGACAGCCAGCGACCCGUGCUUCUCCAGCCCCUGCGGGAGCAGAGGCUACUGCCUGCCCGGCAACGGCACCCACAGCUGCACCUGCAAAGUCAGCUACACAGGCAAGAGCUGCGAAAAAGAAUUGCUGCCACCAACCUCAUUAAAGGUGGAAAGGGUGGAGGACACUGGUGUGUUGAUUUCUUGGCACCCACCUGAGGACGCAGCCGCCAGGCAACUCAUUGACGGCUACGCCGUGACGUACGUAUCCCUCGACGGCUCUUACCGCAGGACAGAUUUUGUGGACCGAAGUCGUUCUGCCCACCAAUUGCGGGCACUAGCCUCCGGCAGAGCCUACAAUAUUUCUGUCUUUUCAGUCAAACGCAACGUGAACAACAAGAAUGAUAUCAGCAGGCCCGUCAUGCUCACCACGCGCACUAGACCGCGUCCGGUGGAAGGCUUUGAGAUCACGAACGUGACAGCCAGCGCCAUCACGGUGCAAUGGGCUCUCCACCGGCUCAAGCACUCCACGGUCAGUAGGGUGCGUGUCUCCAUCCGCCAGCCGGGGGACCUGGCAGACCGCACCGUGGAGCUGAACAGCAGCGUGGCCAAGUACACCUUCCUGGACCUGCAGCCAGGAGAGAGGUACAUCGUCCACGUCACGACGCUGAGCGGCCUGGGGACGGAAGAUCACCCCUCUGAGAGUCUGGCCACGGCCCCCUUCCACGUGUGGACGAGGCCUCUCCCCCCACAAAACCUUACUGCCUCCCGCGUCACCGCCACCGCCGUGUCCAUGGCGUGGGAGCAGCCACCCGCUGGCGCCGUGGAGGGGUACAUCAUCAAUGUCACCACUGCUCAGAGCGUGAAGAGCCGCUAUGUGCCCAAUGGGAAGCUCGUGUCCUACACGGUGCGGGACCUGCUCCCCGGGCAGCGGUACCGCCUGUCUGUGACGGCCGUGCAGAACACAGAGCAAGGCCAAGUGCACAGCGAGCCCAUCCACCUCUACGUCACCACCUUGCAGAGGGAUGGGGCUCUAGAGAGACGGUGGAGCCAAGCUGGACACCCCCGGGUCCUGCGCAACAGGCUGCCCCCAGCUUUCCUGCCCGAGCUCCGCUUGCUAGCGGAUCAUGACACAGCGGAGGACCCCUCGCCAGCCCCCAGGUUCACCGAGCUGGUGGAUGGCAGAGGCAGGAUCAGCGCCAGGUUCGGCGCUGCACUGGGCAAAUCCAUCACCGUGAAGACACAGCCGGAGGCUCCAGUGAAGCUGGAGAAUGUGGAGGUGUCCAGCCAGGGCAGUCUGGCACUGCAGCUGCGCGAGGCAAAGAGCAAGAAGUUGUGCCAUGGCCCCGGGAACUGCUCCACGAACCCCUGCAGGAAUGGAGGGACCUGCACCAGAGACGCCGAGUCCUACCACUGUGACUGCCGCCUGGGAUUCAAGGGCCGGCUCUGCGAGCUGGCCUGCAAGAAGGUGCCACACUCGUGCACGCGGCUGUACUCGGAAACCAAGUCAUUCCCCGUGUGGGAAGGAGGCACCUGCCACUACCUGUACAGGAGAGUCUACAAGGUACACCAGGACGUCUGCUACAAGGAGAGCUGCGAGAGCACCGGUUCCAAGAAGACAAACAGCAGAAAACCAAGCAACAGUCACACACUGAAGAAGCCAUAGAGGUUCAAAGCAGUAGAAGCUUCAUCUUUCCACAUCUAAGAGCUUUUGAAACACCAGGAAGAUCAGAUCUGCUCACUGGGUUGAACACAGCGGGGGAGCCUUCCUGCCUGGCGUCAGCCUCUCCCUCUCCUCCAGCCUGUUAGGGACACACAGCCAGAUCGGCAC